AUGCAGCCUUUCGCAUUCGCUUUCAUCCUUCUAUGCGCUUCGAAUUUUAUGGGCGGCUCCGACUCCGAUCCUCGAGGCCUUAUGAGAGGACACGGCUCGCUCCUUCUCGGUGCGUUGCUCGCUCGAUCCGUCGUCUACUUUUUGUCCUUCGUACAGUACAAUGACUAUGCGCCUGGGGUCCCGAGGAACUGCCGCUGUGACGGUACGAAUGAUGCAUCGACAGUGUUGAGCGGAGUCGUCAAGUGGUUUUAUUCGAAAUGGGCGGAAAGUCUCGAGUUGAGAAAGAUCGUGAGUUCUGAAAUCAAGAAUGAGCUGUCGAAACAGAUUUUGAAACUCCGCCUCUUUGACUUCAAUUUCGGGGAACUGAGGCGUAUCGCCCUUAGCGCAAUGCAAGUGCGCAACGUGGAAACACAUGCUGACACCCAGCGACUGAAGAGUUUUUCAAUGGAUUUCAAAAUUGACUUCGAAGGCAGCCUGUCAUUGACGAUCGCCGGCAUAAGGCAAAUCAAAAUCGAACUCAAUCUGCUGAAGUUCGAGGGUAUGGCUCGCCUACACGUGGGGCGCGAUCCUUGUCCGCACUUCUAUGUUUCGUUCCAUUCGAUGCCGCUCUAUGUCAUGCCGACGAGGUCUUCCAUGAAGGGAACCCGCAGAAUCAUUAGAGCAGCCGCGAGGCGAGCCAUGCAGACAGUACUCAGAAGGGCUGCCAUCCUGCCGAAAUUUCGUCCCAUAUAUGUUUCCCCCUUAGGGAACUCGAAAUUGUUCGCGACGCGAUGCUGCCUUGCGUGGAGCAGGGACAUGAUCGAAUCUUCUUUGCUCAUAAGUGUUGAUCGUUGUUGGAAUGUCACACCUGCGCCGAACUCGAAGCUCCAAGUGCUUUUGCAACUCUCCUCGACCCCUUUAUUUGACCUCAGUCAAGCGAUAUUCAAGCCUCCGAUCAGUUUCCAUCUGAAGGCCUUCAUUUCCGAUGUUUCACCUCUCGGCAUCGUCUUGGGCGCACUCAUGGCGGACGACGGUGAGGCUGUGGAGAUUCUGAAAAUUGCCAAGGGUUCUCGGUUCGAAGACAUCCUCGAGCCGAAGGACCGAAUUCAAACGGUUAACGGGAAACCCGUCUUGAUAUCCCAGAAUUCCGACAGCGAACUGCUGAGCUUUGCCGCGAUCCCCCUGAGCCUAGUCCUGUCGAACUGCUGCAGAACGCUCUCUGGGCGAACGUCUCAAAUCGUGCCUCUGCUCAAUCCACACAUUGCUUGCUGGAGCUUUAGACCCGGAACGGAAAUCGAAAAACUAUUCGGAAACUCCGAGUUCGAUCCUCGUUGGUGCCACGGAGAGAUCGAGAUGACUUUCUCUUGGAAAGCGAUUGCCAUCUAG